AUGUCUGCCGAUACUGCGCAUGGUCCAGCUGCUCAACUACCGCGUCAUGAUCCCGACACGCGUCGCGCAGUCUAUGUUGGCAACUUACCCAUGACAAUGGACGAAGACGCGCUGCGCGAGAUCUUUGCGGUGGCGGGAGGAAUACAAUCUGUCAAGCUCGUGGAGAAGGCAACGCUCAAUUGUACGCUCAAGUACGCUUUUGUUGAGUAUGAUGAUCCUGCGUCGGCGCAAGUCGCAAUAGAGACGCUGAAUGGUCGCACAAUACGCGGUUGUGUUCUCAGAGUCAACGUCGCAUAUCAGUCCACCACGAUUGCGAAUGCUAGGGAAGAGACAGCAACACACUUCACCCUCUUUGUGGGUGAUUUGGCGGCAGAUGUGCGAGACGCAGAGCUAGCAGAGGCAUUCAGUGCCUACAGGAGCGUCUCUGACACGCGCGUCAUGUGGGACAUGAAGACCCGACACUCACGCGGGUAUGGAUUUGUCUCCUUUCGCGACCGUAGUGAGGCAGAACGGGCGAUGCACGAUAAGACUGGCACCUAUAUCAGUUCACGAGCCAUUCGCAUCAAUUGGGCAAACAUGAAGCAAGCAACGUCAGCAGAUUCCUUCUUAACGCAGAGUGCACCUGGCAGUCAUAUCCUCUUCAACAUUGCACCUGCCAAUCUACAAGCAAUGGGGGUUGCAGAGCAGUAUGCGAUUGUCGUCUUGCAGACUUCCCUUGCCUGCAGUACAAUCUACAUGGGUAAUCUCGCAGCAGAUACAAACAAGCAGGAUUUGACGCCUAUGCUUUCUGCAUUUGGACUUGUCCUGGAGCUCAUGAUGUAUCCUGAGCGUGGCUUUGCUUUUGCUCGUCUGGAUACGCACGAGCAUGCUGCACUUGCGAUUGUACAGCUUCAAGGUCUGGUUAUCAAGGGCAGACCACUCAAGUGCUCGUGGCAAACGAAAGGUGAGCGUGGUCGGCAGGCAAAGCGUUUGGAUGUUGAACACCCAAUACAGUCUUCAUCGUCGACACAAUCUAUGCCAACAUCACCACAACCCUUCUCGCCCUUGCAAAACAACUACAUCGCCAAUAUGGGCCUUGGCAUCAUGGAUAACCCUUCACUCCAAUACCCAGUGGCCAAUGCGUAUGCAAACCCACGUUCUGUUGCAACGCAGUCGUUUUACCCAACAUCGCCACUCUCGCCGAUGAUGUUUGGUCUCAACUCACCACAAUUCCAAAGCAUGCAGCCUUUUGAGAUGCAAAUGAGGCAACAUAUGCAACAACAGCAGCACCAUAUACAAUAUCAAAUGGCGGCACAGUACUAUCAAUCGCAAGGGAUGCAGUCACCUGCAAUGUAUCAGGAUGGGACGAUGCAGAGUAUACAGGAUCAAAUGGGGCAUUCAGAAUAG